AUGGCCGUUCCUUUCCUCCUCUCCGGACUCACUACGCGCGAAGCCAUCAUUGACGCCAUGACCCGCGCCCUCGUCGCCCUUGACCACAACCACGUUGAGCUCUUCAACUCAGCCUGGGCCGGCGAGGAUGUCGUGGCGCAGAUCGGCGUCGACGACGACAAAAAGGUCCUGCCCAACCUGUCCGUCAUUCGCAAGGCCGUCUUUGACCGUGUCGGUCCCAUGGACACCACGCACAGCUUCACCACCCCGCGCGUCGACGUCCACGAAGGCGCCGACACGGCCGUGCUGACGACCGUGUCGCUGGCCCAGCAUUGUCCCGCGGGCCGUGGCAAGGAACCCGACGGGCCGAAGUACCUGGUGGGCGGCGAGUACACGGUGGACAUGGUCCGGGACGCUGCCGACGGUGCAUGGAAGAUUAAGAAGUGGAUCCUGAAGAUCAACUGGGCGCAGGGCGAUGCCUCGAUCUUGGACGGACCCCCGCCAUCGUGA